UUUCAGUGAUGCAUGGACAGUUAUAUGCAGUUGCAUCAGGUCUGUUUGCAGCAAUAGCUAGUCUCUGUGGAAAAUAUGCUAUGGCCUCUUCUGAAGCACAGUACCUUUGUGAAUCAAUGUUAUUAGCAUUAAGUCAAGAUGACGACCUUAAACAAACCAAUUUUGUUGAAUCAAGCUGCAAUGAGUACUCAGUGUUUCUACGCAUAGUGUUUUUUGCCUUCAUGAUAGGGACGAACUGUGUGAUGUGGACCAUGUUUACCAAAGCACUUCGGUUCUCCCAUACUACUCUUGAAGCUACUAUAACAAACACAGCAGCAAAUUUCUUUUUCACAGCAAUUUUAGGGCAGGUGUUGUUCGGUGAAGUUGUGCGUAGCCUGUGGUGGAUGGGAACUGUUUUGAUAAUAAGUGGUUUGCUAUUAAUGCAUCAUGCCAGCAAUCUUGGACCACGAAAGCCUGGAACACGCCCAAAGUUACAUUAGCAAAGUUUUCUUAAUGGUUUGACAGCUGUGUUCUGGCAGACAUUUAAAUCACAAUUCUGGACUUUAAGAAACUAUUUUGUUUUACAACAUUUUGUCUUUAAAAGCUUACACUAUUAAGUGGCACCAAAAUCUAGUAUACACUUUGUAUAUUGUGAAUUUUCUCACACAUUUUGUUUGUUACAGUUUAAAACAAAAAAAAACUUGGUUAAAGAAUAAACUUGGUUAAAGAAUAAAACAUCCUGCUGUUAAUGUUACAUUACAAACAUGCUUAAAUCAUCAUUUUCAAGAUUACUAGGAGUUAAUUAAGCAAAUUAUUUUCUAAUAAUUUUAUGGGAGGGGAUUCAGAUGUUAGUAUUUUUUGCAAUUUUCAUCUGGUAUGGGUAAAAAAAAUAGAUAAUUUUGUAUAUGAAACUUAACAAAUAAUUACAUAGCUGAAAGUUAUGUAAUUAUUUGGUAAGUACUAUAUAUAAAAUCUAAUUUUAUAAAAAUAUAAUUUUUAAAUUUUUAUACAUUAAUGGUACGGCACUAACUGAGGUAAUAAAAUAAGAGUAAACUUCUUCGGUGGGGUUGGGAUAAAAAACCUCUUGCUAACUUGCUGGAUAUACUACAUUAUAUCAGUCUUGCUGCAACGUAGAGAGGUAGCAAAGUUUUCUGUGCCUUCCUAAUUUUAUUUUGGUCUUACAAGAAUACAAACUUGUCGUUUAUAGGGAUAACCAUCAGUGAUAGCCGGUUUAUUCAUUAAAGCUUUCCUACAUGGUAAUUAAUGGUGGAGGUAGGCGAGGGUGGGGUACUACCCACUCACCUGUUGGUAACCCAGUCACUUUUCUUUGGCCAUCAUUGAGCCUAUGUCUCCAAUGCUACUCUGGUCUUGACCAUAGUACAUGGUUUUGGAAUUUAUAUAGUCAAUGGUCAUUUCUGGUAUGAUCAUCCGGCUCUUAACACGGACUGUGCUCAGUUCGAUACCAUGCAGCACAAGUUAUCUCAUUUGAGCUGUGAGUUAUUGGAGCUAUCAUGGACUUCUAUCUGGUCAACAGGGGAUUCAUCUACCAUUGCCGCCCUUGAGCACUUUGUCCCUCCUGACCUGCAGCUCAUCCAUCACCUUGGAUCUCAGUAGAUUUUUGUUUUGGCUGGAGUUUCCACCUGAAACCACUGUGGUUGAUGUCCUUGUUGGUCCUUUACCUGCUGUUGCUGCUCUGGCAAAGUCCUUCUGCAGUGCCUCUCCCUUUGGGGAUGCCAGUCUUGACUCUAUCCUAGUUUGGAAGAGGUUGGAAGGACUUGUGGGUACAAGAGAUCAUAGAAAUAUCCUCUUUCUCCUCAUCCUCUUCUUACCUUCCCCAUCUCUAAAUUGGAAGAUGUGCAUGAGGAAGGCUCAUACUAUAACUCACCACAGCCAACUAGGAUUUCUUUGUACAGUCGUUAAUCUCCUUAUAGGAGUUACAUGAAUUACUGUAACCAUUCAUGGAUCAGUUCAUUAACUUGCUUGUGAUUGAUCACCAGACAGAUUCCUCUUGUCCCUGGUCACUUGAUUGGUUUUUUCAAGGAAUGAUGGCAAAGGUAUCUGUCCCAGGACAUAGGGGUGGGUUAUCCAUGAGUUUACUCAUGGCUGAUUCCUAGUGCACAAGUUUGCAUGUGCCUGAUCAUUUGUUUGGUAUUUUGAGGGAUGAUGAAUGAUCCAGGCAUCUACUGCAGAAGUUGAUGACUCUAAUGGAGUGAUUUCAUGCCCAUUCAUCCUUUCCUGCCACCUCCUUUGUAUGGCUGUAAUGGUAUAGGUGUAUUACUUAGUCAUAUCUGUUUGUUGGCAUACUUGCAUGGAUCUUUUAUGGAAAGGAGGACCAACCCUAACUCUUCCUGUGUGUGUGUGUGUGCAUUUAUGUAUUUGGAAACAAGAAGGGAAGAGUGAAUUUCUCUAGACUACUGGCUGUGCUGGUGUUUUAGGAUGUGUCCAGUCCAUCUUGUAUUGUGCCCAUGACCAUCACUAUCAUGACCAUACUCUGUGCUUGGUACUGGCUUGGUGCCACAUUGUAAUAUGCACAGCUUGGACAUAUGCUUUGCCUUGGAUCCAAGUCAAAGGAUGCGCAGCCUAGGGUCGACCCAGCCCAUACACCUCUUGGUAUUGCUCCACACAGGACAGACAAAGAGUUCACGCUCUUGCUUGUGUAGAUCUAAUAAUGGAGCUAGCCUAGCUGCUUGUGCUUCUUUUAUAGAUCAUGGGAUCAGGAGGAGAUCAUGCUUGGUCCCCUUUGACACCAUCUGAUUAUGACUUUGUCUUGAUCUUGAAAGACACUCAUUGUCAUUGUUCCCUGAGCAGGAGUAACAUUGGUCUUCAUCCUCUCUCAUUGCUGUGGAAGGCACCUUCUGCAAAGCCAUGAAUUUCAUUCAAUCUUUGUAAGGUUCAGGGGAAAAUGAUCAGAGGUAUCACCACCCUUGGUCUGUGGAUCAGGAAACUUCCUUUUUUCCCCCUUGAGCAUCUGUACUCUUGCUACUGCAUGCUCUGCCAUUGCCAAAAAUCCUUUAUUAAACAUGCAAGGGUUUCUUUUACUGGUUGCUUGAACCUACUCCUAGCUGUUCAGUACUGCCCUGUCUAUCAAGGGGACUCUACCCUACUUUGGCUUAUCACACUGAGUAAGGCUUUUGUUUUUUAAUUGGUCCCUGGUAAUGCCAACUUCUCUUGAGAUGGAAAGUGUCCAUGUCCCUUGUGACUACUAGAACACUUCACACAAUUUUUCUUACACUUUUGAGUGUUUUCUCCUAUACUAUUAAUUUCCUUGUGAAGAGGCUUACAUCAUCAAGACCUGAGAUCUCUCUCCUCAUCCUACCAAGACAAGAUUUAUGAAGUCAUUGGUAGUGGGAAACAUGCUCCCUUCUUUCUCUUUGCUUGACGGAUUCUUUCAGGAUUGAAUUACCCCUGAAGUCCUCCUUAUACCCUUUCAAGGGUAGAGAGCAUUUCACAUAACUCUGUAUGGUUGCCAUAUUUAUGAGUCAGGGUAUCCUUUCCCCAUGAGGAUUCAAGAUAAAUCCUCAGUGUACUGCAAGUCUUAGUUUAGAUGUGUGUUGGGUAGGAAACAGGAGAGCAUUGAUAAGAACUGAGCAUGGAAAGAUUUUUGCAAGCAUACUCCUUCAGGUUUGAUUUAAAGAGGAAUCUUAUUAUACAAAACUUUUUACCUUCUUUUUCCCAUACCGCUUCACAGUCAGUGGAGAUGAGUCAGCACAACUUUUGGAUGGAUUAUGGUAUGGUCUCUAGAAGGUGAAAGUCCACUCUCUCUUUUGAACUCCCUUCCCAGAGCCACCCCUCACUCUCACAUUAAGAUAUUUCUUUAAAUACAAGGGCAGAGGUAGUGCUCCAAGUUCACUACUAUCAAUUUGUUUGAAUGAUACUCAUUCCCUGUUGCUCAUUGGAAGAAGUACUUAUUUCUUACCCUUCUCAACACUGAUAGCCUCAACCAUUUUCCUGCAAAAGUAGACUUGGAGCAAUCUUGGUUAUCCUGCAUCAGGGAGGAAUUGUGCCAAGGAUUUUUAGUAUUAUAUGCAUAUUAUUUGGAAUGCACCUUUGGAGGCAGAUAAGUUUGGGAAGGGGAGUGGAGAAUGACAAUCUGACAUGUGGUGAAAGGCGAAUGAGCCAAAAAUAAAAAAGGUUGAGAAAUGCUGUAAUCUAGAGGAACCAUCAGUUGUGUAUGUGGCUCCUGCCUACCGUUCAGGUUAAUUCUCUUCCAGACACUUGCAGGUAGGAGGGGGAACAUCUCUUUGUAGUACUACAAACAUUGAAUUCUAUACAAGAUAUCUUUGAUUUUGAUUACCCUCUUGGCUACUCCAACAUGACUUCAGUUUGAGAGUCUGUCAUGGUUCCUUCAGGCCUUUUCUUGGUGGGUGGUGGCUACCAUCCCUUACUUCCUCCUCAUGGGUAGGAUUCAGUUAUCACUCCAUUGCAUUCUUUGAGGAACUGGUCAUGAAACAACCAGAACUUUUAUUAUUACAGAUUUGCAGACUCACAUAUUUACAGAUUUCUCUAUGGACCAUAUCUACCCAUUAUUUGCACGAAAUUUGUAUAUUCUUGGUAUUUUUAUAUUUUAUAUGAGAAAUAUCCACAAAUUACUGUAUUUUUAUAUAAAUUUCAUGAUUAAAUGUACUUUUUGUGAUUAAAGUAUUAAAAAAGCCAAGUAUAAGCAAUUUUAGUGUGUAUUUCUUGAGUUUGAACCAAAAAAUGGCAGUUUUAAGUGUUUUAAUAGGGGUUCAAAGUAUUUGUAGAUUCUAGCUGUUUUUAUUGGGCUUUGGAAUGCAUCCCCUUUGAAGUGCUGGUCACCCGGAAGGAAAGCUAGGCACCUCCCUUUCUUACCUUGGGUCCUUGAGCAGUCUUUCAAUUUUCAUUAGUGAGGGAAGGACCUGGUUUCCACAUGUGUUUAGGUCACAAGGUUUGGAAUUGCAAAUAACAGUUCAGGUAGAAUUGCAAUUAGUUUUAAGGAAGAUCCCAGCCAUGCUAGAUGUCAAUACGUAUUAGUGUUUCUAAGACAUGUGUUGGAGAAAAGAUAUACGUAUUGGACAUUGCAUCUUUUUCGAACUGCUUAUGCUGGCCUAGCAGAUGCAGGUGACCUAUACAACUAGGAAUUUAUCAGAAGACUCAAUCAAACAGUGUGUUCUCUCAGUCCUGUCUUUAUCUAGUAGGGAAAGCAGGUGGAGAAUGUCAGUCACUCAUCCCAAAAUGGCAAUAUGUACUGCUGUUUAUUCGCCUGGAUACCCUGUUCCAACAUAAGAAUAACAGGUUCUCCCCGAGCCUUUUUUUUUAGGCCACCGCUAAAUUUUAGGUAUACCUGUGCAUGUCUGCCAACAGCUGGCAGGUACUGGCCAACCUGAAUGUUAGUGUGAACAACCUGAACAUUUUUUUCUGCCUGUGCAGGCAGCCUGAGCAAAUAGUUUUCUUAAUUGAUAUACCCACAUUGAAACAACUUGCACAAAGGUGCCUGAGCGUUACUGUGGGAGGUCAUCAUUUUUGCUCAGUUCUCUUCCCAUCUUGGGGGGGCAAAUAGACUCUAGUUAGAAGCAGGUAGUGCCCAGCUUUAUUGAGUUUAAAAUGUUUACACCUAAAUUAAUGAUGUAUUGGAUUUACCUAUUUUUUGUUUAAUGAAUGUGGAUGUCAUAGUAAUAUACAUUUAUGUAUAUUUUUUGCAAUUUUUCCAAGGGAAAAAUAGUUGUGUAUAAUGAAGAAUGGAUGUGGUAGCAUCAUUCCUGAAUGUCUUGAAGAUUUCACUGAAAUCUUUAAGAAUGAGUCUUGUCUUGGGCAAGUAAACUCCAAAGACUAUCAAAACAGAUAAAAAAUAAAGGUUGCAUAUUUUAGUUUAUUCAAAAAAGUAAAGGAGAGUGACUCUGUUGUUGACAAAGACAGUUUCCUUGUUUGUCCUUGUAUGUUUUUUCAGGGCAAGUAAAAUCCAAAGGCUAUCAAAACAGAUUAAAAAAUGAGGGCUGCAUAUUAGAGUUUAUUCAAAUCACUAAAGGAGAGUGACUCUGUUGUUGCCAGAGACAGUGUUCUUGUAUGCCCAUGUGUAUUUUUUCAUGGCUAUAAACCAUAUAUGCAUUUCAGUUUUUAAAUGAGAAUAAAUAUUGAAUUUAACAAAGUAAAAUGAAACAAGAAUAGGUCCAAUUGCAUCUGUUCAUGAUAUGUGUCAUGUAUGUAAUGCAAGCAAAAUGAUACUCAAUAAACUAAUGAAACAAAUAUAGCAAUAGCAGUCUUUGUUAACAUCAUAUCUCAAAAAGAUUAA